ACAUAUCGUCGACUUCGAGGCGCGCAUCAUAUACGCCUGUACGCACAACCUUGAGCUUGAGUGCCCAUUGCUCACUGUGGGCGUUCGCAGAGUUCACACUCUAGUGGUUACUACAUACCAAGUAUAGUAUAAGCCUACUACUCUGAAUGCUGAACAAUUUUUCAUCGCUUAGUCCUGCAUUCGGAGGUCCAACAAGCUCGCGCAAAGUCCGUUGGACAGAACCAUGUGCGCAUCCCAUUCUAUUAGCCGUUUUCAUUGUACUGCGGUCUCAGAUACUUAUUCGUUCCGAGUACAAGAGCACCUAGUAUAUCUAGCUAACUACAGACUCAGACUGUCACCUCAAACAUUUGCCUUCGCGCGCACGACUGAGAUUGUCUUUUUUUAGUUCCAGACCCGCGCGAUUGUAUCAAAUUUUCACCUUCAUGGAUGCUUCAGAGAUGAAAGAGAAGAUCGGCCGCUUUCGAAUCCUCAUCAUAGGAAGAGCGAGUGCAGGAAAAACCUCCAUCCUCCAGAGGUUUUGCAACACCUCCGACAGCCCAGAAAUAUUUAACAGUGCUGGAGAAAAGAUCGAUGACACUGUUUUGGGCGCAUCCAGAGGGCGUGGUGGAAACGAUAUCAAGAACGAAACCGUGUUUCAAAUCAACCCAGGAUUUGUCUUUCACGAUUCACGUGGUUUUGAAGCAGGCGGUGAAUCCGAAUUCAACAAUGUGAAGGAAUUUAUCGAAGACCGUUCGAAGCAACCAGAUAUAAAGGAUCGCAUCCACACCAUAUGGUACUGUAUCCCAAUGGAUGAGGAAAGCAGGUCUUUCACCCAAGCGGAAAUCAAAUUUUUCUCUCACUGCAACACUGGAAGCAUUCCAGUGGUUGUAUUGUUUACAAAAUUCGAUGCCCUCUACGACGUCGAAUUCGCACGACUGCAGAAACAAGGAAAUUCGAGGACAGUCGCUAAGGAACUGACCCCGAAGAACGUCGAGGAGCAAUUUUCAAAUGGGUCACAAUUGAAGUUUUUAUAUAACUCCAAGGACAUCCAACGGCCUCCGAAUUGUCACGUAUGCCUCGCUGACAUGGACAAGAAAGAUGCAGACUGCGGGCCACUCAUCGAGCGCACGGCUGGAACUCUGAAGAAUGAAGUCCUUCAACAAUUGUUCGUCUCAACUCAGCAGACCAACUUGGAGCUCUGCAUGAAAUAUGCAGUAGAAAGGGAACUUGCAGGACUUGUUGCCUCUGAGGAAGAAAUCUCAUAUGAGGAUACAAUAGCGAGAUCGAGUUGCUGGUUUCCACUUAUUCAGCUUGACCGUGCUCAUCGUGAAGAGAUGCAGUCUAAAAUACUCGCUGUGGUUUCUGGCUCAUCGCCAUUGGAGAAAACAAGCAGCGCUAUAUUCAGGAUCAGAAGUCUUAUCCUUCUGUUCUUGACGCUCUCGAGCAGUAUAUGGCGUCUCCGCAAGCAGCUGCUGUCAGGGAAGCUGUGAGCACUGCCAUUCAGGCUUAUCAAGAAGCUGCGAGCACUUCCAGCCCAUCUUCUUGGAGGGCGAAGCUACCGUUUGGAAGGUCCAAAAGGAAGGCGAAAACAUAUGACAGGAAGGAGGAGUUGAUCAAAACAAUUCUUGAAAUCACUUUACAGCAUCGCCUACCAAGACCUUGAUACUAGGCAACUCAAUGCAACAUCAAUAAGUUCCGGUUCGGAGUAGAGCUGAGAUGUUGCGGCGGUGAAUGCAGGUUUUUUGAAUGGUCUGUCAAAGUGGUUUCAGGAGGUGCAAUUGUACGAAAUGAUUGUAUGAUCACGCAAUAUGGCGUUUUUUCGGGUAUGGUGUAUAAGUCUUUAAAGCAUCUCGGUCACCAUGGCGAGACCUACUGGGCGUAAUCAUCCGAUGUACUUGGCAAGUAUCCGUGGUC